AUGGGUUGCUUUAUGUCAAAAGUAAACGAUAAUAAAAAUGAAAAUGAUGCAAGAUCAAGAAAUCAAGCUUCAUCUUCACAAUCAACUUCAUCAUCCGCUCAAACUCCAUCAAAACAAAUAAACAUUCAACCAAAAGAAGAAGAAAACCAACAAGAAGUUUCAUACUCACAAAUGAGAGAAUUAGAUAAUGAUUAUUUCAAAGAUAUUAUUGAUAGAACUGCACAAAAAUUCAUUGAUGUUUCAAUGGUUGGUCCAGACGGUAAGGAUCCAUUCGAUAAAGAAAAAGAUUAUUCAAGCCAAAUUAAAGAAUCAAAGAUUCAUAAACCAGUUGCUUUAACUGCACUCCCACGUUUAUCACAACAUUGUCAAACUUCAAACUUACACAAUCUCCUUUCACAACCAACCAAUUUCGAUAGCGAAUUAAUGAACCGUUAUUCAAAUAGUAUUCUUGAAUCAUUAAAUAAUAUUCAUGUUAAGGAUUGUGGAGAACUUGUUGUAUUUUUUGGUAACUCAUUAAAACAAUAA